UAUAGGGUUUGCCGCUAAAACACAGAAUCGCCAUCGCAAAGACACAGCUCUAGCUCUGCUUCGACAUUCUACGCCAUGGCGGAGACGAAGCGCAAAUCCAGAGACAACCCAAACGGGAAGAAGAGCAAGAAGCAGAAAACCUUAGCUACUCAGAGGGACAACAAGAGAAAGAGACGAGGCCCUCGUUUGCCGUCGAAGUUCCGGAAAGAGCUCGACCGCUUAAACCCUAGCGGCGCCGGCCGCAGUCCUUCCGGAAGCGACGCCGAAGAGAGGAUUGACUCCGAUGAAGGCGAAGUCUACGCCGGGAACGACGUCUACGAGUAUGAGGAGGGAGUGACCGAAGAGGAGUCCAAGAAGAAUCGCCGCUUCGAUCAAGUUGAGAAUCUCGAAUACGAGAUGCCUGAGGAUUUUGAGGAUGAGAAUGUGUCAUCGGACGAUGAGAAUGAGGAUGACAAUGCUGGGGAAGAUUCUAGUGGUGAGGAGGAGCAUGGUGAUGGAAGGCACUCGAGGAUGUUGCAGGAAAUAACUGGAAUGCCUGGCGAGGCUUUCGAAGGGAAGAAGAAGAAGAAUAAUAAUGUCAUCACCGAAGCUUAUCCCGAGUCUGAGUAUAAUCCUAGUCGUGAUGUUUUGGAUGGGCAUGGUCAGAUUAGCAUUGAGGACCUUCUGGACCCUCUUCAUGGGACGUCUGGUUAUAGCAUGCUUAGGAAGAGAGUACAUCAGAUGGAGAGAAAAUCAGGUCCUACGCCAACUCCGCUGCCUAAGGUAGAACGAAAGAGGUUGGACAGGAAGGCAGCGUAUCAACAUUCAAACAAAGAUGCGCUUAAGUGGGUGCCACUGAUCAAGAGGAAUAGGGAGGCUGGUACCAUAAUUUUUGACAAUGAUGUGGACUUGGGGUUUUCUACUGUAGGAGCAAUAGCAUCGGAAUUUGAACCUAGGACAGAAUUCGAGAAGAAAAUGGCUUCAUUAGUAUAUGACGAGAAGGUUAUGGAUGCUCACAAAAAAGAUGGCGCUAGACUUCUUGAAUUAAACGAGGUAUCUGUUGAAGAUGAAAGGGAUCGCCAGAAUCGUAUUGCAAAAAUGCGCAGCCUUCUUUUCCGUCAUGAGAUGAAGGCAAAACACAUAAAAAAGAUAAAAUCAAAAACAUUCCAUCGUUUGUUAAAGAAAGAUAGACUGAAGGCAGCAUCUUCUGAGAAUCAGAUAGAUCCAGAAGCUGCUAAAGAACUGGCAAGAAAACAUGAGUUCGAACGGGCAAAGGAACGCAUUACUUUGAGGCACAAAAGCGGCUCGAAGUGGGCAAAGCGCAUUAAAGAGCGUGGUUUAAAGGCCCAGGAUGAAGGUACUCGGGCUGCUAUAGCUGAACAGCAGCAUCAACAUUCUCUCUUGACGAGAAAAAUGAACUCUAUGAAUGAUACCAGCAGCAGCGAAGAGAGUAGUGAUGGGGAUGAGUCAGAUGGGUAUUCAUCUGGUGAGCAGGAUAGGACAUCCAGGUUACUAGAAGAAGCAAAAGAAAAGACUCUUAAAGUUAUAAAUGAAGAAGAUGAAGUGCCUAACUCAGGACUGCUUUCUUUGCCUUUCAUGGUGCGCGGGAUGAAAAAAAGGGAUGAGGCGGCUGCUGAGGAAGCCAAACUUGCUCUUGAAGAUUUUGAAUCGCUAUCUAAGCAGUUGGACGGUUCAAGUAGAGGUGAAAAUACUAAAGUUGGCCCCUCUAGUGGUAGAAUGGUUUUCAAUGCAGCUGGGACGCAAGCUCAAAAGUCAAGUAAAACUAAAUCAGACGAUAGGACUAAGGCAGAUAGAUUUUAUGAUGAUAGUGAUGGUGAAAAUGACAUAGAGGCUGAAGAUAACAACGAUGAUGAGGACAUUUGUUUUCAUAAACAUGAAGUGUCAUUUUUUUCCCCCUGUGGUUCACAGAGCUUUGAUGAUAUUGCUAAAGACCCAGGUCCCAAGACAACAGAUGAAGUUGCUAUUUUUGCAUCAGGCGCCUGGAAAAAGGUGAAAGCUGAAAAUAAUCGGGUGAAAGGUGGAAACAAUAAUGCCGAUAAGAAAAAGUCUCCUGUUGCCUUGGAAUCUGUUUCAAAGAAUGAAGAUCUACAGGAAACUGAAAAGGAUUUAGGUGAGGAUAGUGAUUCAGAUAGUGAAGGCCAGAUGGUAGAUGGGAUUCUUUCUUCGGGUCCUAAAGCGUCCUACGAACUUCCUUCUCAAGCUGAGCUCAUUCACCAAGCUUUUGCAGCAGAUAACGUGGAAGAUGAUUUUGAGAAACAUAAGCAGGAGAUCUUGAAUGAAGAGAACCCUGAACCUGAAAAGCCCGUUUUACUGCCUGGCUGGGGCCAGUGGACUCAUGUACAGCAGAAGAAAGGUUUGCCUUCUUGGAUGGUGAAAGAACAUGACACUGCCAAGAAGAAGAGAGAAGAAGCCCUCAAGAAGAGGAAGGAUGCACAACUUAAACACGUCAUCAUCUCUGAGAAGUUGGACAAAAGGGCUGAGAAGCUGUAUACGAAGACUUUACCUUUCCCUUAUACAUCGAAGGAAGUUUUUGAGCAGAGCAUCCGUAUGCCCAUCGGUCCCGAAUUCAACCCUGCAACUGCAGUUGGAGCUCUCAAUCGGCCUGAGGUGAUGAAAAAACCGGGUCAAAUUAUAAAACCAAUCGAGUUCGAGGAAGUGGAUCCUCACAAAAAAACAGAGCAGCUAAAACAUGUGGGACAGAAACAAAAACAGAAGCAAAAACAGAAACCGAAACAGAAGCAGAAGAAAAACAAGAGUACAAGUUAAUUGAGAGAUAGUUCCGUUGAUUCGAUAGAUGGCAGAUAAAUGGGUGUUAUAGCUAAGUUAUCUGUAUCAUUUUUAUGAUCUUUAUUUUUCUUGGUUUUCUCUGGUUUUUUAUAGGGGAAUUC